AGUAAUUACAAUUUAAAUAUGAGAGAGUAAGGAAAAAUGGCGAAUCAAUAAAAGCGAUCUGCUGAUAGCCAAUCCCAGGAGUCAAUCCCUUAUUAAAGGGUCUUUAUCGGUUGCCUUGUCAUUGCUCCACUAUUAGUGACUAAUGUUCCGUCUAUGUAUUUUAUGUGCUGUGGCAAGAAAUAUAAAUCUAAUUACAAUAAUCUUUUGUCAUUAAACUUAGAAGAAGAAGAAGAAGGUAUUAAACAGUAAUAUUAAAUAAAGAAAUUUCUUCCAAACGUUAGGAAUUUUCUAAUCAAUAACCUAUUGACACAGUGUUUAAUUGUGUUUUCUUGUUGGAAAACAAUAGAAGCAACGAAUAAAAAGUGCAAAACAUAUAGCACCGUUUUUUUCAUUAGGUUUCUUUGUAUUUUUUAUUUUCGUACUUUGAAUAUUUUGGACGUUUGUAUUGGAAGUUAGUAACAGAUUUGAGGAUCCUUUAUCCGUAAUCAAUUUUGAACAUAUAUCACAAUUUUGUGCAACGCGAUUUUACGAGUUGAUAAGAGGAAUUUUUAAAUCAAAUACAUAUAAUUGUAAUAUAUAUAAUUGUAAGCAAUGUUGGCCUUUGUUAAAAAAAUCAUGGAAGAUCGCAUCGAACAGAUACACAAAUCUGAAACAACAAAAAAGAAAGAAACAUGCACAAGCAAGAAUACCGAUGCUUUCAUUGUUAGUGAAAAAUACCAAGAAAUUCAAAAUAUAUUGGGAGAAAUAAAUUUGCUCUAUGAAAAAAGUAAAAUUCCUAAAAAAGUUAAGAAAAUGAUGAAUCAGCUGGAAGUCAAGAUGAAUAAUUUAUUUGAAAAUUUUGUAAUUGCUUCAGAAAUCAAAUGUGAUGAUAUUCUAGUUCUUACAAUGGCUCAUAUUAAUUUAGGUCGAAUAUAUCUUUUCAAAGAAGGUAAUUUAACUGUUGCUAAAGAUUAUCUUAUUAAUUGCUUGGCAUUAUUGGAGGGAAAAGAGCAGCACUAUAAAUUUAUUUUGACAGCUAUCUAUGCACAUAUUUACCUACAUGAGAUUUGGAAAAAAUUACAACAGUUAGACAAUUGUUCAUUACAGAAUUAUUCAUUAUUAGAUAAAGCAUUAGAACUAUAUUUAAAUUAUACAAAGGAAGAUGAUUAUCCAGAUCCUCUUAAUGUACAUCUCUUUUUACCUAACAAAGAAAACUCUAAAAUUAAUCUGAUUAAAUGUCAUAUAUUAACUUUAACAUAUAUGGAAGAAUUGUAUUGCUUUCAACCUACAAAUAUGCACAAAUUUGUAAUAUAUAUUCAUAAUUUAUUGAACGAGCAACUGAAAACAAUAAAAGACUCGACUGAAAAUCACAUGUUUAUAUAUUGGGCUGAAGCAUCAGCUGAUUUAUCUAUUUACUUUUUAUAUUCUAAUCGCCUUAUGGAAGCUAAGAUUCAUAUUGCUGCUGCAGAAUAUAUGACAAUGAUAUAUUAUACAUUGAUAUUAACAGAUCCAGAUGUUGCAAAAUCUCAAGAAAAAAUUGAUUCGUAUAGUAUAGUCGAUAUAUUCAUCAAUCAACUUUGGGCAAUGUAUGGUAUUAUGCUUUUACGUUCAUCAAAAGAAAGAUUACUACAGCAUGAAAGUAAUAAUUCUUGUGAGGCAAAUAACAUAGAAUCGAAAUCUCAUUCGAAGUCAGAGAAAGAAAUAAUGAAACCUCUAACAUUUGUUGAAUUAGAAAAAAGAUUAAAAAACAUUAUUAGAUAUCACAUCACAGAUACAUAUGUAUCUAAUCUUGAUGAUGUUAAGAUAAUUUUUCAGAAUGUGUUAAAAUGGCUGAAUGAAAUAUAUAUGUAUUUUAAUAAAAGGAAUCAAUUUAUACCUCAAGUGCAAGUAGUACUUUGCACAUCCAAAGCGUACAAAUAUUAUGCGUAUUUUGAAGGAAGUAAAAGUAAACAGAUAAAUGUAAUUAAACAACAAAUAGAAAUAUUGGAAGGUGUUACUAGUACAAUAGCUUCAAAAUAUACUACAGUACCAGAAUAUCAUUAUUUUAAAAAACUUAAUUUUGAACUAGCAGUUACUUAUUCCACACUCUUGGAUUUGAUGUCUGAAGAAUUAGAUGAAAUUGAGGAAAUUACUGAUGAAACGAGAAUAGAAAUGAAACAAUUAGUGACAAAUGUUAUACAUAAAUUUAAUUUAUUUACAAAUUUAUCUUAAAUUUUAGAUCUCAUUUUACAUAUUUGAAUUUUUAGAUUUCUUUUCUGAAACUUUUUUGUCUUUUACUUAUAAUCUUAUAUUACAUUUGUACUUUCUUUGUAUGA